GAACACACGUCGCUCGCGAAGAAUACCUUCGGUUUUUAUAAAAUAUAUGCUCAUGUAAAUACUGUGGUAAAUUGAUUAAUUCUUAUUAGCGGAACGAAACGAAUCCAACCAGUCCGAGUCUUAAUAUUUUUCUGGUUUGUGGUCUCGCUUAAGCUUUUGUAACGAGACGGGCCUUUUAUUCCCCAUUUUAACUUUCCUGAGCGGCGUUUUCCGCCGUUUUUUUUUUCUACCUAGCCCCACUCACUCUGCCCCCUGUGUGAGUAGGGGCCUGUAGUGUAGCCACGAGGCUUGUUAGAACAGCGAGAAUUGGGCGAUGGCGGAGUUUGGUAAUGGACUGGCAGAAGAGUCCCUGCUUGACUCAGAUCCAGGUCAUCCAGAACUUGAGGACCCAGGUGUGGGUGAUGAAGAACCGGGAUUAGAAGAGGGAGAGGCCGCUAUUGAAGACCCGGAGCUGGAGGCGAUUAAAGCCAGAGUGAGAGAGAUGGAGGAGGAAGCAGAAAAACUGAAGGAGCUACAGAACGAGGUGGAGAAACAGAUGAAUCUCAGCCCUCCACCUGCUGGUCCUGUCAUAAUGUCCAUCGAAGAGAAGAUGGAAGCUGACGGGAGGUCAAUUUACGUCGGAAAUGUGGAUUACGGUGCCACUGCAGAGGAGCUGGAGGCUCACUUCCACGGCUGUGGCUCAGUCAACAGAGUUACCAUCUUAUGUGACAAGUUCACAGGGCACCCCAAGGGGUUUGCUUAUAUUGAGUUUGCAGAUAAGGAGUCUGUGAGAACGGCUAUGGCUUUGGACGAAUCUCUUUUCAGAGGAAGGCAGAUAAAGGUCGGAGCAAAGAGAACAAAUCGGCCUGGUAUCAGCACCACAGACCGCGGGUUCCCCAGGGCCCGGUUCCGCUCACGAGGAGGGAGCUUUGCCUCGUCUCGGGCACGGUACUACAGUGGAUACACACCUCCCCGAGGCAGAGGGCGGGCCUUCAGGUUUCAGGACCAGUGGAGGCUGACUACUCCUCCUCCUGUGGCUGCGGCGCCCCCCACUGUCUCGGCAGCGUCUCUCUCUCUCUCUGCUCCCACUAUGCACACUCACCCCAUCCUGUCUGUGUGGGGGGGGCGGGGGAGGGGGACAGGGUGACCACCGGCCCACUGCCGGCGGCAUUUACUACAACAACAAACGUUGAGCUCGCCCGCCUGCGCUCACACACACACACACACAUUUAAAAAAAAAAAAAACGCUCACAUAAACACACACACAGACACACACACCAGGCCUACACAGACACACCGCAACACACCACACAUUCAAACAUAUUUAUAUAGAGAGAGCUAAGCCACGAUAGCAGGGGCUGGUUUCAUUGUGAGUGAGAGAGGCAGGACCAGAGAGGAGUAUUGAAAGGGGGUCAUGAACCUGUCUUUUCUCAGUGCGCAGUGCAGAUACGGCACGAUUCGAGGACUAACGUGUGGGCGACAAGCAAUGAUUAUUUAACGGAGGGGACUGUGGAGGUUUUAUUUCGGGGGGCAGGGGAGGUUGGCGGGUGGGUUUGUGUGGUAUAGUUUUUU